AUCCCUCCCAUUUCCACAGUGACUCUCCGGCAGCUGAGCUGCAGUCAGUCUUGUCUGUGAAAAACAACGAGGCAAAUGUGAAGUGUGGGACCGGGGAAACUAGAGCACCAAAGGAAGUAUACGAUUAAAGUCUACAUACUAUAUAUUGGUACUCCGCGUGCAGUAAAACCUCGCGCCUUCUCUACCUGCGUUGAAAAUUGUAACGUUAUACUUUACUGCGCGGUUGAUCUGAUUAUCAAAGGUUAUGCUGUUGCACCGACUCGACAUCUUCGCUCUGCCUGCCGCGGCAUAGCCAGCGGUUAUCCGUGAUUUCAUUGAUUGAUAUCAGGAUUUUGUGUUGGCCUAGUCUUUUCCAGCAAUAGUCUACUCGCGUAGGACAAUGGACUGAACGUUUUCUUGAAAAGGAACUUUUUUUGUGUUGACUAAUAGUUUAACUUCCGAACUACUCUGAAUCGACCUGAAAAUGUCUAAUACAAAGUUCAAAAAGGAUAAAGAAAUCAUUGCUGAUUACGAGAGUCAAGUUAAAGAGAUCCGUGCCCAGCUGGUGGAGCAGCAGAAAUCCCUGGACCAGCAGACCGAGAUGAGGGUGCAGCUCCUCCAGGACCUGCAGGACUUCUUCAGGAAGAAGUCUGAGAUCGAGAUGGAGUACUCCAGGAACCUGGAGAAACUGGCUGAACGCUUCAUGGCGAAGACGCGGAGCACCAAGGACCACCAGCAGUACAAGAAGGACCAGAACCUGCUGUCACCGGUCAACUGCUGGUACCUGCUGCUGAACCAGGUGAGGAGGGAGAGCAAGGACCACGCCACCCUCAGUGACAUCUACCUGAACAACGUCAUCAUGCGCUUCAUGCAGAUCAGCGAGGACUCCACACGCUUGCUCAAAAAGAGUAAGGAGAUAACGUUUCAGCUCCAGGAAGACUUGAUGAAGGUCCUCAACGAGCUCUACACUGUGAUGAAGACCUACCACAUGUACCACACGGAGAGCAUCAGCGCCGAAAGCAAGCUGAAAGAGGCGGAGAAACAGGAGGAGAAGCAGAUCGGCCGGGCCGAGCCGGUCUUCAGUAUCCGUCUGGAGGACAAGCACCAGAGACGCAGCUCCGUCAAGAAGAUUGAGAAGAUGAAGGAGAAGCGCCAGGCCAAGUACUCUGAGAAUAAGCUGAAGUCAAUCAAAGCGCGAAACGAGUACCUGCUGACGCUGGAGGCGACAAAUUCCUCCAUCUUCAAGUACUACAUCCACGACUUGUCUGACUUAAUUGAUUGCUGUGAUCUGGGCUACCACGCCAGCCUGAACCGGGCCCUGAGGACCUACCUGUCAGCGGAGUACAACCUGGAGACUAGUCGCCACGAGGGCCUGGACAUCAUCGAGAACGCCGUGGACAGCCUGGACCCCCGCAGCGACCGCCAGCGCUUCAUGGAGUUGUACCCCACUGCUUUCUGCCCGCCCAUGAAGUUUGAGUUCCAGCCCCACAUGGGCGACGAGGUGUGUCAGAUUGCGAUGCAGCCCCCGGUGAAUGGCGAGCUAAUGCUGAGGUUCCAGCAGCUCCAGUCCCGCCUGGCCACUCUGAACAUUGAGAACGAGGAGAUCAAGAAGACGUCAGAGGCCACCCUGACCACCAUCCAGGAUAUGGUGACCAUCGAAGACUAUGACGUGUCCGAGUGUUUCCACCACAGCCGCUCCACCGAGUCGGUCAAGUCCACCGUGUCGGAGACCUACCUCAGCAAGCCCAGCAUCGCCAAGCGGAGGGCCAACCAGCAGGAGACGGAGCAAUUCUACUUCAUGAAAUUCCGGGAGUUUCUGGAGGGCAGCAAUCUCAUCUCCAAACUGCAGGCCAAGCAUGACCUGCUGAAGAGGACUCUGGGAGAAGGUCACAGAGGGGACUAUAUGACCACAAGGCCUCCCAAUGUGCCGCCAAAACCUCACGGUGGCACGAAUAGGAGGGCUAGGCCCCGCUCGGUCUUUAACGUCAAGUUGUUUAAUGGCAAUCUGGAGUCCUUUGUCAAGGACUCUGGACAAGCUAUCCCCCGUGUGGUCGAGAGCUGUAUUCGAUUCAUCAAUCUGUAUGGCCUUCAACAUCAAGGGAUAUUCCGUGUGUCCGGGUCUCAGAUGGAAAUCAAUGACAUAAAGAACUCAUUCGAGAGAGGUAACGACCCGUUGACAGAUGACGAGAACAACCACGACAUCAACUCAGUGGCCGGUGUUCUCAAACUCUACUUCCGGGGCCUGGAAAAGUCCCUCCUGCCCAAGGAAAGAUUUAACGACCUCCUCUCCUGUAUCAGAAUAGAGAACCUGUAUGAAAGAUCCCUGUACAUCCGUAAGAUCCUCCUGACCGCCGUGCCCAGGUCUGUCCUCAUCGUGAUGCGCUACCUCUUCUCCUUUCUCAACCACCUGUCCCAGUACAGUGAUGAGAACAUGAUGGACCCCUAUAACCUGGCAAUCUGCUUCGGCCCCACCCUCAUGCCCACGCCCAACAUUGAGGACCAGGUGUCAUGCCAGGCGCACGUCAACGAGGUCAUCAAGACGGUCAUCAUCCACCACGAGACCAUCUUCCCCGACGCCAAGGAGCUGGACGGGCCCGUCUACGAGAAGUGCAUGGCCGGGGGAGACUACUGUGAGAGUCCCUACAGUGAGCAUGGAGCCAUUGAGGAGGUGGACAACGAGGGAGGGACAGAGACACAUACCAGCGAGGACGAAAGUGAGCCCAUCGAAGCGAUCGCCAAGUUUGACUAUGUGGGACGCUCGGCCCGCGAGCUGUCCUUCAAGAAGGGCGCCUCCCUGCUGCUGUACCAGCGGGCAUCGGACGACUGGUGGGAGGGCCGGCACAACGGCAUCGACGGCCUGGUGCCUCACCAGUACAUUGUGGUGCAGGACAUGGACGAUAAUUUCUCAGACACACUAAGUCAGAAGGCUGACAGUGAGGCCAGCAGCGGUCAUGGAGCUGAGGACAAAGACAUGUGUUCAGGCAAAGACAUGGGCUCACCUACAGACACCAAGAUCCCUGACGCCUACAUUGGCAGGCACAGAAAGAAGACGGAACCCCCAUCCCGCCGCCCCCCCUGUCCGCCCCAGUGACGUCCACUGCAUAGUGCACUCCCAGCAGAGCCACGGGGGCCAGGUUCACACCCCUGAGAUGGGUUCUCCGGUGCUGGGUCACUCCUUCAGCCCCCCGGGAUCUGCUGCGGAGCCGCAACCACGGCCAGCUGCCCAUGGA